UAUUGCACCGGUGUUUUUGCAGGUGUUGGGGAGAUUUCUGAGAGUAUAGAUUGCGAAGCAAAAUAAAAACGUCCAAAAACAAACGUUACAUCAUUUUAUAAUGUCGCGAUUUACUCGAACCAGACUUCAACCAGCAUUUGUGAGGAAGUGUUGAUUUUACAUUUCAAAGUGUUCUCAGUUGAAUAAAAUAAUUGUUAGGGAGCUUUUGGAUUUUGUGAAAGUGAUAAUACGCUUUCGAUUGAAGUUGCACUACUAGGCUAAAUUAGGAAACGUAUUGAAAGUUGACCUUUAGAAUAUUAUCAGAUUUUUGGAAGGAAUGCAAUUGAAAUAUCACGAAGCAGCUAAAGAGAAGGGAGUUUAUCUGGUAUCGGCUUGCGGUUUCGAUAGCAUUCCUGCAGAUAUGGGAACGGUAUUUCUGGAGCAACAGUUCGACGGGGUAGUCAACUCGGUGGAAAGCUAUGUGAUGUCCAGGAUGAAGGGUCAACAGGAAUUGGGGAGCAUCCACUACGGGACGUGGGCUUCUGCUGUGCAUGCAAUCGCCAAUAUGAAAGAAGUUGGAGCGAUUCGAAGGGAACUAUUCAAAACGAAGAUGCCGGAGGUGACACCCAAGUUGAAGGAAAGACCUGUAUUUCAUAAAUCAAGUGGAAAUAAAUGGUCACUGCCCUUUAUGGGAGCCGAUCGAUCCUGUGUUCUGCGGACCCAACGGUUCUUGUACGAAACCGAGGGGAAGAGACCAUUGCAAAUGAGAGCUUAUAUAUCAUUUGGGGGACUUGUAGAAGUCAUGGCCGUUUCCUUUAUCGGGGCCAUCUUCUGGCUGCUGGUGAAGACAUCCGUCGGUCAAAAUUUACUGCUCAAUUAUCCUCGGCUCUUCUCGUUAGGGUUGGUAUCGCAUGAAGGACCAUCGGAAAGAGCUAUGAACAAUACAACCUUUACGAUGCAUUUCGAAGGACGUGGUUGGGAAGAAAAACUUGCUGAACCUAGUGAUAAUUACACGACUCCACCGAAUAAGGUGAUUCGGACCAAGGUUACAGGAACUAAUCCUGGAUAUGGAGCGACUUGCGUAGCAUUACUCCUAUCGGCGAAGACCAUUUUGAAUGAAGCGGACAAAAUGCCCGGAAAUGGAGGAUUCCUUACUCCUGGCGCAGCGUUUGGCAAGACCAAUUUGAUUUCCGAGCUGUGUAAUAACGGAUUUACAUUCGAAGUAGUAUCAAAAGCAAAACUGUGAAACAUUCCAUAGCCCUAUUAUAAUUCCCUAGCAUAAGACAUAACCAUAUUAGUAAAUGUAUGGAAACAA